AUGGCCAGACUGCUGUCUGCCUUGACACCGGUGAUUGGAGAGGACGAAACAGAGGAUUCGAAUGAACAGUACACAGACUCUGUAACACUUGUCGACCCUCCCGAAUCAGCCACCUGGUCGUCAGGUCUCCCAACCCUUGUUCACGGUGCCGACUCCAAAUUUUUCGCCAGAGUCACCGAGACCAUGGCGGAAAUGCUGCGCGAGACGGAAGGAUCCGACGAUGACGACGACGACAACGAGGACUACACAACCGUUCCGCACACCGACGACCCCUAUGACUUUGCAGAUUCGUUCUUUUCCAGCUCCAGGUCGAAUUCGACUGCACAUAGCACGCCUUCAGACUCUGGGAGUCCUUCAAGAUUGCCACCAUUUUCUUCUUAUUCUCCAACCUCUUCCCCUUUUAACGAUACGUUGCGGUUACCAAGUUCACUUCACGACACACAUGAUACCCCUUCUAUUCACACCACUGCAAGCUCACCGGAUCCUGUACAAAUCAUGGAAAUACCAGCAAUACCCGACAAUCAUAACGACCUGCUAUCCCCGGUCGAUUUGUCAAAUCUGCAACUCCACAACUUCAGCUCGUUGGACGACACGGCAGAGUCAUGGAGGGACUCCAAUUCGACCGACUCUGGCUUCGUGGACACGACCAAGCCCUCCCUCACCAACGUCAUGUCCCCUCCCAAAAGUCCUGUCACUUCAACUUUUGGUCUCUUGCACUCCCCUUUUGGCUCACCUUCGGCCCGGGUGUUGUCUCCCAGGCUCGGAGCGUUUAUUGGUCGCUCGCCUUCGGCCAGUGCCCAAGAACUUCCGACCACGGAGAAGGAAUUGGUUCCGCUGGAAGAUGAUCUCGAGUCUCUUGAUUCGCCGACACAUCACAACGCUGGGCUCGCUUCUGCAAGGCAGCUGGUUGCGGAUAGCCCUACACCUCAGGGUGCUCGACUCGGUCCUUCGCGACCUGCAUCGUCGGCUUCCUCACAUGGCGAUGAAUUGGUGACCACUCAGUCCAUUUACGACGAUCUCAGCGACCAGGCAAGCUCUUCGGAAGACGAUGUCACUGGCUCCUACGGCCAUACCGACAUCUGGGAUCUGGAUGCGGGGUCCACCUCGAUCUAUAUCGGCCAGCAAGUACAAAGUCCAUAUGCUCCCGACGUCCAGCAAACCUUGAGCCAGCAAAGUGCGCAGUCACUCUUGCUCUCACCCGUCCGGGAACCCGCACCUAGUUGGGAAGAACGCGAAGCCGAGCCCUCCUCUCCGGCAUCCUCAUCCACCAGCCACCCCUUCCCAGUACCAUCCUUCAACGACUACAAAAUCGCCGGACAAUCGUCUCAACUUGUCGACGAUAGGGAUUUGCACGAUGAGGACAACUUUGACGACCAGACGGGCCGGUGGUCACUGGAGUACACACAGGACUUCUCGUCCCUAAACGCCGAUGCAACCAUCGAAGCGAUCGAUAUCCCUGAAGACGACCACGCCCAACCUCUCGCUGAAGCCCAAGAUCGGAAACAGGUGCAGUUUGCAACACCCAAGAGCGACGUACAGCAAGGUCCUAGUGCACUCGAGGACGAGUCCUGGGUCGCUGGCAACAGCGGGUACUCAUCCGCCGAUCCAUUCGCUGCAUACCCGCCUGACGAGAACGUCGGCCAGUCCCACGCCGAAGCGACAAGCGCGGCCAUCUCCAUCUCCGAAGAUAACCACGCCCAGCCUGACCGGAAACAUGUGCAGUUCGCAACCCCCAAGGAUGAGGUGCAACAAGAUCCCAGUGCACUCGAGGAUGACUCUUGGCUUGUCGGCAACAGCGGGUACUCGCUAUCCGCUGAUCCAUUCGCUGCGUAUUCGCCGGAAGACGAUGUUACGCCCGACGAGGGUGUCGCUCCGUCCCACACUGAUGCAACAAUCGAGGCUGUCGCCAUCCUCGAAGAUAACGACCACGCCCAACCUGUCCCUGAAAUUCAAGCCCGGAAACAUGUGCACUUCGCAACGCCCAAGCGGGAGGUACAACAAGGUCCCAGUGCAGUCGAGGACGAGUCUUGGCUCGUUGGCAACGCCGAGUACUCAGUAUCCGCCGACCCGUUCGCUGCGUAUUCGCCGGAAGACGAUGUUACCCCCUCCCGACCGCAGUCCUCGCAGUCACAGCGUUGUGUAGUCAGGUUCGAAGCGCCCUGGGUGCCUUACAACUCCGAAUACUCGAUUCCAGAUGACCCAUUCGCGGCAGACCCAGAUGACAUCGAUGCGAGGGCCUCAGCUGCCUACGACGAGGCAAGGUCACCGACUCCCAGUCCCGCUUUCCAACCCGACCUUAGCAGUAUUGCAGAGGCCUCUUGGGUGUCAUCAUCAGGGGACGGGGACGAUACAGGGGUGCUGGGCCGUCUUGCCCACGAUACAGUCAUCUCGAACGCCAAUGCGACAGCAGCUUCCGUCGACUACCUCGAGGACAACCUUUCGCCCACGUCCAACAACGACAAGGAGGUAACAGAAGAUUACACCGACGUCUAUUACCAGGACGAGGACGAAACUCAGCUACAGUCGAACGACGAGAGUGCCACUUUGCAUCCCGUGGCGCGGGAUACAGCGCCCUCUGAUCCCCCUGUUUCGACUGCCGUCGUCGAUCAUCUCGAGGAGGAUCGUUCUCCGAAGUCAGACAACGACGAGGAAUUGGACACGGAAGAUUACUCAGAGUUAUACCGUCGAGCUGACCCUGGCGUCCAAUGGAAUGACGAAGUCGUACCCGUGGAUUCUGUCGGAGACAGUUCUCGUUCUGACGGCAAUGCCGCAGGCGCUUCUGAUGAUUACUUCUCAGAGGACCUCUCUCUGGCUCAGAUCCUCGGUCGCCUUCCUAUGACACCAGCGACUACGACACGACUACCCCCUUGGGACUUUGCUGCGCAAGAUACAGUGGUUUCCAAUGCAAAUGCCACAGCAGCAUCUGUCGAUUAUCUGCAAGAAGACUUGUCGCCUUCAUCACCCAACGACAAGGAACUGGAGACCGGUGACUACUCAGAUGUUUACCUCCAGCCAGAUCCCAGGUUCCAGUCGAAUGACGAGGAUGAUUCGACAGCGCUUCUCGGGUAUCUGCAGCCUUCUCCAGAGCCUCCAGAACCAGAGAGCCAGGAUGGGGAUACUAUUAACUCACUCUACGAUGUGUACACCGCCGAGGCAGCGCCUUCACCCCAACCCCUUCCUCCGCUUUCUGACCCAUCCACACCAUCAAGUUGUCUGCGGGAACGCGUCUUCACUCCACCACCAGAAAGACUGCCUCGGUAUGGAACACCUCCAGUUCAAUCACCUGCUGUUCCCUCGUCACCUCCCACGUCUCUUGGUCUUGGAUCUUUCUCUAGAGGAGGGCAAUCCCCCUCGUCCGAGCACUAUCAGAGCAUCCAUGACCGCCCGCCAAGCCAGCAAAGCAACUCGCAUUCCUCCGUCGUCUCGAAGAAGAUUCCAUUUGGUUUCCGCGCAAGCCGCCCUUCGUCUCGUUCAUCUAUGUUAUCCAACAAAAAUCGCAGUGUAUCCCAGUUAUCCCAGCUGUCCACUGCCAGCCUCAAUGGUCCCGGCGAGCAAGAGCAGCAGGCUUCCAGUACACCUCCUCCAUCAGCUUCUAGUUCCACUGGGCCGGCCCUUCGUCCUCUCAGGCUUUCUGUUCUCUUGCAGUCUCAUUCAGCUUCACAUUCACGUUCAUAUUCUUCAACAGCACCAUCAAGCAUCACUUCAUUCUCGGUUAAUAGUUCUUCACAUUCCAACGUUCAAGAUUCUGCUUUAGCUGUACCUGUAUCAUCACGCAAUUCUUUAUUAAACAACACUUCGCUUUCGACACCUCGCUCUGCACCAUACCACACUACUACCAACUCUAUAAUCGACACUGCACGCUCACCAUCUCUACUAACCGAAGACCUAAACCACCUCGCUACCUUUGGUUCACCUGUUUCUGCUCCCGUCAACGCUCCCUCAAACUGGCCGUCACAUCACCCCGCAUCCCAGCAUUACGACUAUAGAUCAUCGAGCAGGCUCUCAGAACCUAUUUAUGAACUGGAGCAGGAAGAAGACCUCGACGAUACCGAAAGGCAGGAUGUCCGAAAUGAACCUAUCCGUAGGCCCAUCCUCCCUACUCCAACUCCCCGAUCAGCCUCUGUCAGCCGCCCAGAAUCCAUUCUUCACCCUUCGCUGCAUGCGGUUGCUACACCAAAACCCACGCUGAUGUUUGCCAUCGCCAGCGACGAUGUGGACCAAGUUCGUCAAGUGCUCGAGAACGGCGAUGCGAACCCCAACGACCUGGUCGGCCCUCAGUCCGCACUCGAGUUUGCCUUGUCAAAUGACCAGCUUGCGAACAAGCUUAAUAUCGUGAAGACUCUUCUCGCCUUCGGUGCUGAUCCUUCGACACUGAAAGAAGAUGUUGUGGAGAAAGCUCCAUCAGGGGCAAAGGCGGGAGAAGACCAGUCAAACGAGGCACCAUCUCAUCAGGCUGCGAAGACCUUGAUGGAAGGAAUGGAUCCUGCGACCAGGUACUACGUCGAACGAGCCAAGGCCCCUCAAACCAAACGCACAUCAAGGCUCAUUCACCGUUCCUUCUUCCGCCCCUUAACACGAGUUCAAUAUGAUCUCAUUGGCCAAGACCGUGCCCUGGAAGAACUGUUCAAGCUCUUGAGCAUCCAUUCGAGACAGAUCACGGUCUCACCUCUGGUCGUUAUGUUUUCUGGUCCCAGUGGGCAUGGCAAAAGCUUGCUCGCACGUAAAUUUGGUUCCUUGCUUGAUGUACCGACGCAUACGGUCAAUAUGGUCACCCUAAGGACGCAGGACGACCUAUGGGAGUCCUACUCAAUCAGCCCUGUCGAGGAGCCAACCAAUUGCACGCUUGCCGAGUUCCUGGUCAACAACGAGGGAAAGCGGUGCGUCGUCGUACUGGACGAAAUUGAAAAGGUCGCCAAUGACAAGGUACUCUGGUCAUUGCUUAUGCCUUGGGAACACGGCCGGUGCUCGCUCGAGGCCAGGAGUCGCCAUAUUGAUGUGCGAAAUGUCAUCUGGCUCUGCACGUCCAACAUCGGUCAAGACCUCAUCUUUGACCACUGGAAUGCUCGCGAGUACGCGGAGGAAGUGUUAACACGCCAAGAGUUCCUCGACCUAGUAGCCCUUUUACGGCCGCAGGUGUCUGAGCGGCUUGGGGCUUCGGUGUUGUCAAGAAUCACUUCGGUGCUUCCCUUCGUACCAUUCACAUUGGAGGAGAAACGGGCGAUGUCGGCAGAGGCAAUCUUUCAACUGGGUGGCGAGGAUGCACUGGCACUUACGCCUGACGAAAUUGAGAGCCUCAUUUCGAUUUCUCUGAGCCAGUACAUCCCAGAAGAGGGCGCCAGGUCUUUGCACAGAGCUGUAUCCAACCACCUCAUAGAUAUGAUCUGA